GGGCACGAGCAGGAGGAGGAUUAUCGCUACGAGGUGCUCACGGCCGAGCAGAUUCUGCAACACAUGGUGGAAUGUAUCCGGGAGGUCAACGAGGUCAUCCAGUGCAUAUUGGGUACUUCCAGAAGUGUGAAUUCAGUGAUGCAAAGGACAGGCGGGCUGCAGCAGCAAAGAAUCCAGCAACUAUCACAAGAAUACUCCUUAGCCACUUCAAUUGGGAUAAAGAGAAGUUAAUGGAAAGGUACUUUGAUGGAAACCUGGAGAAGCUCUUUGCUGAGUGUCAUGUAAUUAAUCCAAGUAAAAAGUCACGAACACGCCAGAUGAAUACAAGGUCAUCAGCACAGGAUAUGCCUUGUCAGAUCUGCUACUUGAACUACCCUAACUCGUAUUUCACUGGCCUUGAAUGUGGACAUAAGUUCUGUAUGCAGUGCUGGAGUGAAUAUUUAACUACCAAAAUAAUGGAGGAAGGCAUGGGACAGACUAUUUCGUGUCCUGCUCAUGGUUGUGAUAUCUUAGUGGAUGACAACACAGUUAUGCGCCUGAUCACAGAUUCAAAAGUUAAAUUAAAGUAUCAGCAUUUAAUAACCAAUAGCUUUGUAGAGUGCAAUCGACUGUUAAAGUGGUGUCCUGCCCCAGACUGCCACCAUGUUGUUAAAGUCCAGUAUCCUGAUGCUAAACCUGUUCGCUGCAAAUGUGGGCGCCAAUUUUGCUUUAACUGUGGAGAAAAUUGGCAUGAUCCUGUUAAAUGUAAGUGGUUAAAGAAGUGGAUUAAAAAGUGUGAUGAUGACAGUGAAACCUCCAAUUGGAUUGCAGCCAACACAAAGGAAUGUCCCAAAUGCCAUGUCACAAUUGAGAAGGAUGGCGGUUGUAAUCACAUGGUCUGUCGUAACCAGAACUGUAAAGCAGAGUUUUGCUGGGUGUGUCUUGGCCCUUGGGAACCACAUGGAUCUGCCUGGUACAACUGUAACCGCUAUAAUGAGGAUGAUGCAAAGGCAGCAAGAGACGCACAGGAGCGAUCUAGGGCAGCCCUGCAGAGGUACCUGUUCUACUGUAAUCGCUAUAUGAACCACAUGCAGAGUCUACGCUUUGAGCACAAACUGUAUGCUCAGGUGAAACAGAAGAUGGAGGAGAUGCAACAACACAACAUGUCUUGGAUCGAGGUGCAGUUCCUGAAGAAAGCAGUUGAUGUCCUCUGCCAGUGUCGUGCCACACUCAUGUACACUUACGUCUUCGCCUUCUACCUCAAAAAGAAUAACCAGUCCAUUAUCUUUGAGAAUAACCAAGCAGAUCUAGAGAAUGCCACAGAGGUCCUUUCGGGCUACCUGGAACGAGAUAUUUCCCAAGAUUCUCUGCAGGAUAUAAAGCAAAAGGUUCAAGAUAAGUACAGAUACUGUGAGAGCCGACGAAGGGUUUUGUUACAGCAUGUGCAUGAAGGCUAUGAGAAAGAUCUCUGGGAGUACAUUGAGGACUGAGAAUGGCCCUGCAUAAAAUGAACUCUGAAAACUUUACCAUCUAGAGUGCUCAUGCAAUUAAAACAAACAAAACAAAACACACACAAACAAGGAGGCACUAAGCCUCUGACACCGCUGGUCUGUAGUACCGGAAUUCUGUUUUGUUAACGGAAAGUUUAAGUAAAUUAUAUUGUAAUAAAAAAGGUAGAUAAACCAUUGUACAACAGUAUUCUAGGCCGCCAACAAAAGUGUGACAGACACACUAAAAGCCCUCCAACUUUAACUUGUAACGUAGCUUCAUUCUCAAAGCUGACUCCUUUUUUCUUUUUCUUUUUCCUGAGUGUAGUACAGUUAAAAUUUAAAACAGCUCUUUGACACUGCUUUUCAUGUCCAAACCAGCCAUUUUGUUGUACUUUGGUGAAGGAUCUCUUUUCCUUCCUCCCCUACACGUACAGAUACACUCACACACACAGACCGACUCUCUUUCUCUCAUACCCCAAGGUCAUAUGUGAAUGAUGAUUAGCUCCUUGUAAAGAGAUUCUUGGGGCAGGGAAGGGUAGGCAGCAAGAGGAUUAAACAAAAACAAACUUUGUAUAUGACUUUUAAAACAAGAGGACAACACAGUAUUUUUCAAAAUUGUAUAUAGCGCAUAUGCAUGGACAAAGCAAGCGUGGCACGUGUUUGCAUAAUGUUUACUUACAAAAAAAAUAUUUAUUCUUUAAAAAUCUUGAAGAUUAUGUCUAUUUGCUGUGCAUUUUCUUUCAGUUUGCUUUAUAUUUCCAGGGUUGGGGGUUGGGAUAACAGGUGUGUUGGUUUAGCACCUCUGGAAGACCUAACUAGAGCUCUGUGAUUUCCCUUUCCUGCUCCUGAGGUUACAUUGCUCUUUCUGGUUUUGGUAUGUCGGUUGCUGGUCAGGGGCCUCAUGCCUUGAAUUCCCAGCUCUUGAUCAGGGACAGGGAGGCUGAGCUCUGACUAAAUGCCAUGGCCUGAUAAGGGCUGCAGUGGGGGAGCUUUGUUGCUGUAGUUCAAGAUGACCCCAUCCCCAACCUCAUACCCCUCCCUGGCCUCACCCAUCUCCCUAAGCCUUUGUGUACCCAUGUCAUACACACAGCCAAAGGCUUCCUAACCUACCUGUCACAUCCAGAGGAAGCAUUUCAAAUUUUCUUCCUUUUGAUUUUUUUUUUAAUUGCUGCUUUGAGCCUUUUAAGAAUUUAGUUGCGGCUCUUCUUUUACCCUUUUUCCACGUUAGGGUGUCAAAUAGAAUGUUUUUGCUUUAAAUAUAAAUAAAUAGCCAUUCACUUAGUCUGAGAUUGUAAAUUUAAAAUGGCGGAUACUGAAAUUGCCCGUGUGUGUUGCUGUGGGUUCAGUUUGAAGGCAAACACCCCUAGAACAUGAUAUUCCCAUAUAGUGCAUUUAAAUAGAAAUCACUGAAUUUGCUUCUUUUCUAUUGUCAGCAGGUAGGAAAAUUAAUAAUGCAUUUUAGCUGUGAUGUCCAUUUUUAUGAAAUUUCUACUAAGCUAUGUUAAAAGUAAAGGAUGGUGGUGGUUUUAUUAACUGUAUACCUGUUUAGGCCAUUCUGGUUAUGGUAUUUUUCAACAGGUCAGCAUCCCUAAAUCUGUCAGUUUUAUAUGGGAGUGCAGAGUGAACUAGGCAACUAGAUUAAGAGGUUUUAAUAUUAAAUACCAAUUUUGGCUGAGGACCUCUUUGUCUUCCUUUAAAUGUCUUGCGCCUAGGGGAGUGUUUACCAUUUGUGAGGCAGCUUUGUCUGCUCUUGCACUGUACAUCUUAUUACUCCAUUGGGAAGUAGGUUCACUUUCCUCUGGCCUUUUGCCUAAGUUAGGCUUUGCUGAAUCAACCCUACUUUUCCUUUUAGAAAAGGUUGUUACCUGAGAUGUACUUGCAACUGUUCUUUUCCCAUCAAAAAUCAGUGAAUGUUUGCUGAAUAUAUUAUGCUGCUUCCUUAAACCACUUGUCGCUUUAGGAUCAACUUUACCUGUACCUUUUAUCCUCCCCGCCCUUGCCACCUCAGGUGCAAAUCUGAACUCAGUGUCUGCUUCUUCCAUAGUCUCUUCUCCCUUUCCCCCAUCAUCCAUUUGAUUUUAUUUUACUUUAAAUGACUGCAUCAAUCUUAAAUACAUUUAAAAACAGAUUUUUUUUUUUUUUCUUUUUUUUUAGAAAGCUUGAACAAGUUCCUUUCCCUGGUAACUUUGAAAAGCAGCCAGAGUUGCUAUAUAGAUAUAUGUGGCUCCCUAAAAAUGCUCUGUGUAUGUGUUGUGUUUUAAAAAAAUCUUACCAGUUAACUUUGCAGUAUCUAGGUUUGAGUGUCAUAAAUCCUCUUUACAUGCUCCCUUUGCACCAAGUAUCCAAAAACAGUUCGUGUACUUCGUAAUAUCAGCCCCCAUGGAGGAGCAGUGCUUUUUAGAGAUGCUUUCUAGUUUCAGUGUUGGCACACUACCUGAGGAUAUUGGAGUUGUAUGGAGCAAGGUGAACUGGCCUUUUCUACUUCCAGGCUUUUAACAGCUAUCUCCAUAUUUGACAGAAUUCCCUGAGUUAACUGCUUUGGUUGUUAGUAGCUUUGAUGCCCCAGGCUGGGAUAGGCAAAGCCAUAUUGUGUGACAGCUUCCCUAUCUCAUCUACCUGAGUCUUGCUAUCAGAGGGCUCUAUUCACAACAAGCAUCAGGGUCUCCCUGUCUUCUUGAGGGCAGUUACAUUGUCUUUUGAAAAGUGCAUGCUUCAUUUGAAUAAUUAAGCAGUAGAUGGACUUUCAGUGACCCACAAUAAAAUUUUGGUCGGAAGCUCAGGACACAAACCACAGUGGUAAAACUGAACAGCAUAUAUUAUCAUCAGACUCUAAAUUCUGUGUAAUUUUCUGAGACCCAGAUUGUAUGUGUUUUAUGUGUAUUUAAAUAAAAAUAUGAAAUACACGUGUAUACAUACAGACAUACACAACAGCUCCAAGACUGACUGACUUGAUUUGAAAUGGUUGGAUGCAGUGUAAAAUGUGGUUCAGCCAUGGUUAGGAACUGAAAUUCAGUACAAGAGCCUAAAGGACUUGAUGUAACAGAUUUCUUUUAGCUACAAAUCCUGGUAUAGAGCACUUGGGGGAUGGGAGGGGGCGGGUUGGUGAGACAAUCAGAUCGGUAAAUUGAUUAAAUGCUCCUAACCCUGUAAUUUUGUGCAUAGAGCACCCUGUGCUGUGGAAAUAACUGUUCUUAGAUUUUCAUUGUAACUGGACUGUUCAGGUUGCCCAGAGGGAAAGAACAUUCCUAAUUCUAAUAAAAUAAACUUUUAUUUUGUUAUUCCAUUAGUUACUUAUGUUUAUUUUUAUAGUUAAAAAAGACAAAGUGGUGGCCUGACAACCACCUGUAUUAUGUGCCUUAUUCACUGUUCCUACUUAAUAUAAAAUGUCAAGAUUUGGUUCCGUUUCUUUGCAGGGAACUGUGAAUGAAACCGUCCCCUACAAUUAACUUGGUUACUAUACCCUUCAGAGCAUUUCCUGAAAGCUGUCCAAUUUCUGUGUCUCAGACAUUGAAUUUAGAUUUCCAUUUGUGUUGUAACAUUGAUAAUAUGAGAUGCUCAGUAGAUCUUUGAAUGCCAGUUUCUUUUUAAGAUAAGUCACUUUCAGUUACUUGUAAAACUCCUUCACAUAACUUCAUUUUAGUCACCCUUAGAAGCUGGUAUCUCCUAGAGAUGGAGAGUUGCCAUCUUAAAAGAAGGCUCCAGAGUUGGAGAUAUUUGUCAUUGAUAUUCUACCUUAGUUUACAUUUUAGUACAAUUUAAUUUGGGAUUGUUUGGAUCUAUAAUUGAGUGUUUAUCACUUUCAUCUUCAGUGCGCUUUCUUAUACUACCCUCUAAACAAAUGGGGUAGAAACUGCUGUUUUACAAAAGAAGAAAAGGCUCAACAAGGUUAGUAAUUUGCCCAAAAUUAAACAAUUUCUUGUAUUGGGGACUAGAAUUUUCUCAUAUCUGAGACUCGAACAGUAUCAUACUACCUCUUUAUACUCAUACUUCCUUAUUCUGGUCUCAGAAUGACCUACAAUUCAAUACCAGAAAAGGUGGUUCUUAACUAUAGUUUUGUGCUUUUUAAAACACAUCAAAGACUAUAAAUACUUGUCACUGCUACUGUUAGAGGAGUGCUGUAUACGAUUUCCAUCUUCAGUUUGUUGCAGCAUUGACAGCUCCUGUGGCCCUGUGUUUGCCUGAUUGUUAGAAACCAGCCGUGGUUAGAAAGUAACCCUUCCCAUCUCAUAGACUGGGGCAGUCCUCAUGUGAAGACUAUCACGUGAUAGUUGAGAGUAAAUAGUUCAGCAUGGUUUGAUUUGCUAAAUGGUGUCUGAGCAGUUUGCCAUUGUUGAUCCUAGUUAUU